CUAACUAUAUUUUCGUGUUCAUUUCAGAAAUUGUGAAUAUAUUAUGCAAGAUGUCCAUCAGUAGUUCUUUCAAAAAGAUCUGGAAACAAUCUGAUUGGUCCGCAGACAAAGAGGAGUUCCUAGACGUCAUCUACUGGGGCAGGCAGUUCAUUGGGAUUAUUAUCGGUUUAGUCUGGGGUUUACUCCCUCUCAAAGGAUUCUUCGGUUUAGCUCUGUUUGCAGCUCUCUCUGCUGGAAUAGUUUACGUUUGGUUUACUGCAGUUCAGGGAGUCGACGAGACUGAGUUCGGUGGAGCCUGGGAGUUGACAAAGGAAGGAUUUAUCACGAGCUUCGCGGGAUUCCUGGUUACCUGGAUCAUCACCUACUCCGGGGUUCACGCUUAACCAUGUUCAACCUCAGGGACGC